AUGAAGGGGGAUGACAACUUGACAGGAUCUUCGACACAUCACCACGCAAGAUCAUCACACGUCAACAACAAACGUGGGCUCGUGGGCAAUUUCAGUGGUCGGUCAGAGGAGAAGCAAGCCAACAACUCCGACUCCUCAGAGCGCGGCAGAUCACGCACACAUGACUCGCCACAAACCGGUUUCACGGAUGCAGGUGAGGAGCAGGAGCUGCUUUCUCGAGGAGAGUUGGACGGGGACAAAGAUGGAGAGGAAGAUGGAGUGCGGAGACGCAGUACGAGUCAGAACGACCAAUCCCGCAAGCCGCAGGGAACUGUCGUAGGUCAGCAGGGUGAUGAAGCUCAAAGCUCAAGCCGCGCUACUGGACUGAGAGAGGAGGCUGACGAUGAUGAUCUACCCACACCCGCUUGGAGACGCGAAUCCGGCCCAAGGCAGUCCUGGUUGCGCACGAAAGUUGUUUCGAUUUUCUGGACUGUUGUCAACAUGCUUCGCACUCCAGCGUACGCGAUUCCGUUGAUCAUCAAUCUGACUGGAAGCAUUUGGUUCUUCCUUCUUGUUGGGAAGCAUGAGCUUUCUCUUACUGUCCCGCUUGCGAACUCGAGUGCCUUCUUGUUUACUGUGCUUGGAGAGUGGUAUGUGGAGCGCAAGGUGAUUGCGAAGGAGACUUGGUUGGGCAUGGGCUUGGUGCUUGGGGGUAUUGCAUUGUGUGUUCAUUCGAAGAACCAGGCUUCCUGA